AGUCUUAGAGCACCAGCUGAGCAAUGCACAGAGCAGUCCUGUAACCGACUUACAUCAUCUUCAGCAUGAAGACAGCCACGGUGCCAAUGCUUCUGACCCUGGCAUUUUAUCUCACACAAGAUGCUGCUGGUGAGAAAGUAAAUCAGGACCCAUGCAUAAAAUUUCAAGCACAGAUGAAAAAUGGUACACUAUCGUGUCCCAAAGGCAACAAUUCUUCUCAAAGUCUCAAUGACAUCAUUUCCCAAAGUGAAUGCAUCUUGUGCAAAAGAGCACUAGAACAAGGAGCAUCUACCAAGAUCAUGAAUGUGAGGGUUUUGUCAAGAGCCAACAGGGCCACUGCCCCAGCAAAGUUGAACUGUGAGAGUUUCAAACAAAGAAGAAAAGAUGGGGAUUUCAUCUGUCCAUCUGACACUUCUGCAGUUUGUGGCACAGAUGGGAAAACAUACCGCAGCAGAUGUGAACUGUGUGCUGAGAAUGCGAAAAGCCAGAACCAUGUUGACAUAAAGAGUGAAGGUGAAUGUGGCAGCAGCCAUCUAGAGACGGAUAUGUGCAGUGAUUUUCGAGCCUAUGUGCAAGACGGAAGACUUGGAUGUACACGGGAAAAUGAUCCAAUCCUUGGUCCUGAUGGGAGGACACAUGGCAAUAGGUGUGCCAUGUGUGCUGAGCUCUUUUUAAAAGAAGCUAAAGAAAAUGCCACACGUAACAGAGAGAGCAGAAUUCGGAGAGAUGCCGAGAAGGAACUUUGCAAGGAAUUUGAAAACCAAGUGAGGAGCGGAAGACUCUUCUGUACCCGGGAAAGCGACCCAAUCCGUGGCCCCGAUGGCAAGAUGCAUGGGAACAAGUGUGCCCUCUGUGCUGAGAUAUUCAUGAGGCAGUUUACAGAAGAAAAAGGUAAAGCAGAGAAAAACCAGAAAGAUGCUGAAGAAAGGGCUAAAGCUAAAAUGGAAAUUCAGAAACGAUGUAGUGAAUUCCAGGAUCGUGCAAGGAAUGGAACACUGUUCUGUACCAGAGAAAAUGAUCCUAUUCGUGGUUUGGAUGGAAAAACACAUGGCAACUUGUGUUCCAUGUGCCAGGCUUUCUUCAAAACAGAAGCUGAAGAAAAGAAGGCUGAAGCUGGAAACAGAAACAGAAGAGGGUCUGAAGAGUCAGAAACAUAUGCAAAGCUAUGUGAUGGAUAUCGCAAGGCCAGGAAGAAUGGACAACUAUAUUGCACCCGAGAGAAUGCCCCAAUCAGGGGCCCUGAUGGGAAAAUCCAUGGCAACACAUGCUCCAUGUGUCAGGCUUUCUUUAUUCAAGAAGACAAAGCAAGAGCAAAGGUUAAAAGAGAAGCUGCAAAGGAAAUGUGCAGUGAGUUCCGGAGCCAAGCAAGAAAUGGAAUGCUCAUGUGCACCAGAGAAAAUGACCCUGUUGUUGGGCCAGAUGGAAAAACACAUUCAAACAAGUGUGCAAUGUGUGCGAGUGUAUUCCUACUAGAAGAGGAAGAGAAGAAAAAAGGUGAUAAAAUGGAGAAGGUUGAGACUGGAAAGGCGAAGAGAGAAGCUAUACAGGAGCUCUGUAGUAAAUACCGUACCCAGCUCAGAAAUGGGCCACUCCGCUGCACCAGAAGGAAUAACCCCAUUCAGGGCCUGGAUGGGAAGAUGUAUAAAAAUGUCUGUUCCAUGUGUUGGGCCUUCUUCCAGCAAGAAGCCAAGAAAAGUGGUGCUGGUUUCAGACCAAAGGUUAAAAGAGACGUUAAGGUUGACUGCAGUGAAUAUCUGGCUCUUUCAAAACGUGGAGAAAUUUUCUGCACACGAGAAAAUGACCCUGUGCGUGGCCCAGAUGGCAAAACCCAUGGCAACAAGUGUGCCAUGUGCAAGGCCGUCUUCAAGAAAGAAAAUGAAGAAAGAAAGAGGAAAGAAGGGGAAAACCAGAGAAUCACCUCAGGGGAGGGUUCCAGUGGUGGGAACCCGAAGGCUAAGGAUGAAUGUGCUCAGUAUCGGGAAAGCAUGAAACAUGGACAACUCAGCUGUACGCGGGAGAGUGACCCUGUACGUGGUGCCGAUGGGGAACACUACAACAAUAAAUGUGUCAUGUGUAAAGAACUACUGCAGAAAGAAAUGGGAGAAACAAAUAAAAAUUAUGCUUCAAGAUCGAAUGGAACUGGAUCAGCAACAGGAAAGGAUGUAUGUGAUCAGUUUAGAAGCCAAAUGAAAAACGGGAAACUCCUCUGCACUCGGGAAAGUGACCCUACCCGGGGUCCGGAUGGCGCAAUGCAUGGGAACAAGUGUGCCAUGUGUAAAGAGAGACUGGAAAAAGAAGCUGCUGAAAAGAAAAAGAAAGAGGAUGAAGAGAAGAGAAACACUGAAACAAACAAGAGCGAUAAGGAGGAUAAAUGCCAUGAAUACCGGAGCAUGCAGCUAGAUGGAAGGCUGAUCUGCACCAGAGAAAAUGAUCCCGUUCGAGACGCAGAUGGCAAGAUGCAUGUUAACAAGUGUGCUAUGUGUCAGAUGAUGUUUGAGCGUGAAGCUAGUGAAAGAAAAAUGAGAGAAGAAAACUCACGCUCCCAGCCCACAAAUGAGGCAAAGGACCAGUGUGGAGAAGUUCAUAACUCAGUAGAGGAUGCCAAACCGAGGCCAGCCAGGAGUUCUUUGCCCUCCAUCCGUGGGAUCAGUAAAGAUGAGUGCAGUAAGUUUCAAAAUCUCAUGAAGAAUGGAAAACUUACCUGUCCAGAAACAGAUGACCCGGUGCGUGGUGCUGAUGGAACCUUUUAUCAGAACACGUGCCACAUGUGCAGAGAUGUCCUUGAAAAAGAAGCUAUGAAAAGGUCUGGGCUUCAAGAAAAGUCAUCAGACAUUAGGUCUACUAAAGAAGGUGAUCCAGAAAUUUCCAGCUCCUCUAUGGACUCUGACAUGUGCAAAAACUACCGAAUAUUACCCAGAAUGGGUUAUCUUUGCCCAAAGAAUCUAAACCCUGUCUGUGGUGAUGAUGGCCAAACAUACUCCAACCCUUGUAUGCUCUGUCAUGAAAACCUGAUGCGUCAGACUAGUACACGCAUACAUAAACAAGGGGAAUGUGAGGAAAGCAGCAACCUGAAAACAGUAUCUACUGGCACACCUACAUCUGAAAAAAUGAUGCAAUGAUUGGUGAAAUCACAGAGAAAAAAGAUAAGCCUCGAUUCUGAACUGCCUGCCUUCACCAUCUGUGUAUAUAAAGAAUUCUUCAAACUCAUCUUUUUACUAUAGAAAAUAAUGCAGAGCUGUUGGUAUUGGACUCACUGGUUUUCAGUCUUUCCAUCUCUUUCCUUCUAGACUCAGUGAUCUGAGGAUGUGGAGAAGUCUCCACUCAGUCUAUGCUCUGGAAAUCUGAUCACAAUGUUGUCUAUCCAGCUGCCUGUUUAAUAAAAGUAGAAACUCAGCAGAACAUCCUUUUGGGGAUUUGUUUAUGACCGCUAGAUAAUAGAAAUAUAUUUCAAUAGUAGCUGAAUAUAUGGUGCCCUUUGUCUUGAUAAACACAGUGGUAGACAAGUUGCUGCCAUCGUUGAAGAAGUGGGGCAAGAUGGACUCUUAGGCAGCCAAUACAUGUAUGAAGCUACCUGUUAACAUGUCAGACCCCUACCUAGUGUCUGUAUUUCCAUAAAUACCAUACCUCAAUUAUAUAAGUUUUAUAGUUGACAACAUCCAUUACUUUCUCAUAACUAAUUAUUUACCUCUUUAUAAUUUUUUGCUUAAUUUUUGAGAUUAUACCAUAGCUUUUCCAUGCUAGAGUGUGGGAAAGACUAAAGAGAUGAAUCUACAAAUAUAUGUAAAUCUCAAGAAUGGCAAUCUCCAACAUAAAUGUUGUAUGAGUCAUAUAUGUGUAUGUAUGUAUGUGUAUAUGUAUAUGUAUAUAUAUAUAUAUACAUAUAUACAUAUAAUUUUAAUUUUGAGUAGUUAGAAAAACAACUAGGUAAAACUAAUUCUAAUUGUUACCUAGUACUAUAUAUCACUUACUAAGUCAACUAAUAUAAAUGUUUUAUUUAAUAAAUCUUUGAUUUUGAUGUGUAUUUUCCACUAUUAGUACCUCUAAUUUGGACCAUUCUUCUUUCAAGUGUUCAUUGGCCCCAUGAAGCUGGAGGUGGCUGUAGUGGAUAAUGUAACUAUACCAUGGGAUAACAGAUGGAAAAUCUGAGAAGGAUACAUGUACUAGAUAGGGAUGACAUGAAACAAAACUUGUGGCUUCAGGAUCUCUGCUGAACUCUGCUACUCUCAGAGUUUAGUUGCUGGUGUUCUGUGGUAGUGGUAGUGGUAGAUACCAGAUUUACACGGAAAGCACAGAGAAUCUUACAUAUAUUACAUAGUCACUCUCAGCUACAGAAAAAAAUGUUCACAGUGGGACUGACCCAUUUGGAUCUAGGAAGUUAAUUUUGUAUUUUCUCUCUGCUCUUUUGUUUUUAUAAAUAAAUAUCCACUAAGCCAAAGAGAGGACUUUAUGGUUGUUGUCCUUUGUAACUGAAAAAAAUUAGUCAUUCUUUAUGCUAUAUUUUUCUGUGUCAUCAAGAACGAAGACUGGAUUAUCAAUAACCAUUUGUCAAGCAUGGUUGAGCUAUGUUCCUGAUAAUUCUGCUGUGAACAGGAUGAAUUCAGAGAUUAUCUGAAGCUGUCUUCUUCAUGCUCAUAUGUAGGAAAUAUAGAAAUUCUCUUUCGUGAGCUUUUGAGAAAUAUGUUUGUCAUGUCAUUUUUAAUAUUUUGUUGAUGUCUAAUCAAGAAAACCUUUAUAUUUCAUAUUAAAUACAAUAUGCAUAAAAUUCCUUG